CUCAAGAGCAUAUUCCCUCUUUGAUUGCGGGACUUGAGACGGUACCGUCUAUUGCCAACGAUACAUCAUGGCUCCCACAGUUGCACCUCCAACCUCAGGUGACGAGUUGGACGACAUUUUACGCGGGAUCGCCGCAGAAGGAGGUUAUCAGCCCGAGCCGGCGGCGAGUAAAUCCACGAACAAUGCAGAUGCAGGCCUCGGUAUCGACGAGGAGAUUGCUGUGAUUAAAAAGCGCAUACCAAACCCAAAACUAGACGAUGUCAGGCUGCGCUCGGAGCGUGGCGUUCCACGUCUGCGAACGAUCUCGAAAGAGAGGCUGCGCUUCAAGGGCAAAGGGCAUGAGUACGGAGACAUUGCCCGCAUGCUGAACAUGUAUCAGCUCUGGCUCGACGACCUUUACCCUCGCGCCAAAUUCGCAGACGCCCUAGCCAUCAUCGAGAAGGUCGGCCAUACAAAACGAAUGCAGGUCGACCGAAAAUUCUGGAUAGAUGAAGGGAAACCAAGGCAGACAUCAGAUAAACCCGAGGACGACGUAGGUGCAGAUGUUCAAAAUGAAACUGCUGCACAGGUGCAAGCAGAGACUAUGGAGGGACUAGAGGCGGAAGACAACACUACAGCAGUGCAGUCUGGUGCUGAAACACCUGUUCAGCCCCGAGCUUCCGCACACCCUUCUGCUGAGGAGCCAAAUGAGGAUGAGCUGGACGCGCUAUUGGCAGAGAGUGAACAGCGAGCCCAAAUAGCACCCAAAGUGCUGCCUUCGCAGGCAAGGCCAGCUACGGACGAUCCGUUUGCAGACGAGAUGGAGGCCAUGGAGGGCAUGGAGGACAUGUGGUGAUCGCACUUUGUUCUGGACGAUCUGACAUGAGAGGGCUUGAUGAUUUUGGACUUGCAUAGCGUGGCGUUUGGGAAUAUAAGAUAUCUAGCAUUUAGAAUAAACAGAGCUGAGCCAGGUGAAUGCCCUGUUCAUGCAG